GACUGACACAUGGCCAAACGUUCUCACCUGGAUGUACCCAAUGACGAUCGUGACGAUGAUUCUUCUGCCUCCCCAUGCAAGAGAUUACUAUCAGGGUCUUCUGAACCCAUCCUCUUCACACGGGUUCGCUCUCUGGAAGAGUUGGACAAGCGGACUUUGCAGUUACAAAAUAAGAAACUUUGGGAACUUCAAAUGGAACGCCAGGCUGUCAUAUCGGAGUUGCGUGAUCGAAUUGAACAACUGGAAAAUAGACAAGCUAAGGAUGAUGCUCUCCUCUGUGUCAUUAAUCGCUACUGGAAUCAACUCGACGAAGAUGGACUGAUCAUGCUCCAGCGAUUUGACUCCGAUAUAGAGGAGGAAAUCUCCACUUCAACUGAGUCGUUUUUGAAACAGCUUGCCUCGUGGGACAAGGAGGAAGUGCCAGAAAAGCUUCAAGAGCGUGUGCACUUUUCAAAACGUAUCAUUGCCCGCCUCCUUUCUGCUUACGAGAGGCUCCUUGCUCGUCAGGCCCGACUGCGUCGGAUGAAUUCUUCGGUUCGCGAAAACACGGCUGUCACCGGUUCAACUUCGACCGACCCGAACCGCCUUCCCGAUCCCACAAUCUCGUCCUCCGACUUAGCUGAUGGACAUACUGUUGAUUUUCCCGAGAAUUCAGCUGAUCCUAGCUCGGUCGAUUCGGAUCAGCUCACUCAAUUUUGCGAGGAGAUCGCACAGUUGAAUAAAGAAAAUAUUCGCCUACACACUUUAUGCACCAACCUUCACGCUAAGCAUCGACAAAAUAGUCUCAAAUUACGCGAGCUUCAAGAUUUGGCUCAGACUCAUUCGGAUUCCGCAGCUGAGUGGCAAGCCAAGUACGAAGACUUGGAUUACAAGCUUUCCCAAGCUAUGAGUCAGGUCACGCGGCUGGAUCAUCGACUUUAUGACGCGCAGCAAUUAAACAAACAAAUGGGGGAGGAGUUGGCCCAACUGAAAGGCUCGGACGGAUCGAACUCUGAUGAUCUUCCAUCCAUCACUAUCGGUGGUGGGACUGUGAAUAAAAACAAAUAUUGCGAUCUCGCUUGUGAGCUGGAGGAGCUCCGGGAACUUGUGAACAGUCGAACCUCAGAAUUAGAGCGUUUGCAAGUGAAGCUCGCGGAGAAAGUAGGCGAAAAUGAAACCCUCUCAAUGCAGAUUCGUGAGGUUUCUGAGAACCAAAUACUCGAAUCACCUCAGUAUAUUUCGUUGAAGACGAAAUUCAACAUUUUGUACAGUGAAGCUGGUCAGUUGAAAACGCAACUGGACGAGGCACGAUCAGCCCUUCAAAGCAUACGUCACAGCCACUUAAAGCACAUAGAGGAGAUGGAGGUAAACGAAGCUGCUAUUCAAAAUCAGAUGCGAUCCGAAAUGUUACACAUCGAAACUCAGUACUCCCAACUUCGCCGAGCACAUGAGACGAUGGAACUGGAUUUCAAACAAGCUUUGGCACACAAUGAACAGGCUGGUCCGAUCAGCAGUGAAAUGCGCAGCCUCAUCUCCACGUUGCAGACUCAGAACAAACAGCUCAAAGCCGAAAUCGCUCGCUAUCGACGCAAGUGCAAGGAAGUCAGUCAGGAUUUGGAACUGGUUAAAAACGAUUUGAAGUCUAGUGAAGAAGAAAUAGCCCUGGUUCGAUCUGCAUUAGCAGAAGCCUCAGCUGCUGUUGUUGCUGCAAACACAAAGACACCGUCUCCUGCUCCUCACUCAACGAGAUCCGAAUCGAAAUUGUCUUCAGAACAGGCUGCAGAUGUACGAGAUACUAUGGUUUCUAAAUCAGAGGAUACUCCCGGCCAUCUAACCUGUCCUGGUUGUCGUGCGGCAGCCGAUGCGUCUUGCGCCAAGAUCUCCGUAAAAUCGGAGCCCAUCGGAAGUACGGAUAUUCAUGUCAUCCAAAGUGCCUCUGCAUCAUCCGCUUCGUCUGACGAGGUUGUUCGCCAACUUAAAGAGCAGUUAAAACGAUCGCAGGAAUCGCAGAAAGAAAUGUCCGUUCUAUUAAAUAUGUACAAGGUGAUUCCGAAAGAUCAGCGGGAUAAGGCUGCCUUGUUGCAGUGCGAGGCCAAGUUGCGUUCUGAACUGUCAGACGCUAAAGAAGAGAUAGAGAAAUUACGCUCCUGUUUGCUGGAGGCUCAGCAACAGAACGCACGUCUCGUUCAACAGCAACAACAGCUUUCGUUGCAACAGCAGAAGACCGUCGCUCGUGGCUCGCCCUAUCCCAAAGUCUCCCCUAUCGAACACACUCCGCCGUCCGCACAUGUGAAUACCACAGGCGUACCAACUAACAUAGAUCGAUGUGCCGUAACAGCCGCAUCACCUACUACCGGUUCUCAGAGAGGCAAUCCUAUGCUUUCCCCCGAUGAAAAGUUAUCCGCUUCUGGGUCAACCAGUCGCACUCCUCCGCAUUCCCAAGUAGGCUCAUAUCCAACAAGCGUUCCAGAACUUCAGAUGGAGCUCCAGCUCAGUCGUCGAAGACGUCAGACACUAGAAACUCAAUUGGAACUGUGUCAGAAUAGACUACUGGCCGCCCAACAGCAAGAAGAGGUGCUCUUAAAAGAGAUGGAGGUUACCGGACAGGCCUUCGAAGAUGUACAGGAACAAAAUGUGCGCCUUGUACGAACUCUCAGAGAGAAAGAUGACGCCAAUUUGAAACUGAUGACUGAAAGAUUAAAGACUGCUCAGUUGGCCCGUUUGUUGAAAGAAGACAAACACUUGCUCGAAGAGCAAAUACGACUAAUGCAAGCGAAAAUCGAAGCUCUCAAUCGGGCUGUUAUAAAGCAAGAGGAUAAGGAGCGACUGCUGUUGACCAACCUAGAUACGUUGGAAAAAGAGGCGAAUGCUAGGCAGCAGGCACAGGAAGCCUACAAGCGCAAGGCGAUAGAGAAUCAACAGGUGUCAGAGGAUUUGCGAGUCACCGUGCAAAAGUAUCAAAGCCAACUCAAGGAGGCUCAAGUAUCUGUACAAGAGAAGGCCUCCGCUUUCGAACGAAUCUCCUUUCGCCAUCAGCGCCUGCAGGAGGAACUCAUUCUCUUGCGACGUAAGUACGAUCGUCUAAAGAAGAUCGAGCAGUCUCACAACGCAGACGAAGUUCUCUUAGCCGAACUUCAAGACUACAAAGAGCAACUCACCUGUCCGACAUGCAAGACUAAUAAAAAGGAUGCUAUUCUAUCUAAGUGCUUCCACGUGUUCUGUCUCAAUUGCCUGAAGACACGCUACGAGACUAGGAAUCGCAAAUGUCCGAAAUGCAAUGCCACUUUUGGGGCCAACGAUUAUCAUCGCAUCUACCUUACUUGAUCUCCAGAUGAUACUACGUUGGCGACUUGUUCACCCGAUGUACAUACCUUAAGCUUAUCUCAUCCCAUCUUUCUUCAAACUCUCGUGUUUUGUUCAUAUGUACAUAUUUCAGCCUAUUAAUCUUAACUAAUUCUAUACACCGUCUUCUGUCUAUCGCAUCUUCGGUUGUUUCAACUCACCUCAGUAGUGUUGAUUAUUCACCUUUUGUGGUACAUGUGGUACGAUUGCACAAAAUCACUGCUUCAGCACUG